AUGGAAGAACCAAAACACCCUUCAAUUGAAGAUCUCUCUUUCGAGGAUCUCACAUUUGGCGAAUCUGCAGAUCUUGCAUUGAAUGAGCAAGACUCUUCAGUCAAGAGAGAACUCCUCUUGCGUAAAUCACAAGGUAUUGGAGCUACACUUACUACCUCAGCACACACUUCAGCAACAGCCGCUGCCACCAACAUUCUUGGUGUAGCUGGCAAAACAAAAGAUAAAAGAACAAAGAGCGACAAGUCAGAUCGUCAUGCAGUAUUGAUUUCAACCAAGGGCGACAAGAUCAAUUUGGCUGUCCUCUUGAAACAACUCGAGGAAUGUGGACCGGUACGUGCCCACCACUUCCGUGAACGACAAAACUUUGGAUUUGUCCAGUUCCUCGAUUCGGAAUCGGCAGACAACGCCAUAGAGAUGCUUAGCAACAAGGAAAUCGAUGGACAAAUCAUUCAGAUAGAGAGAAUCAAGCGUAUCACACCUGGAAAGGAUCCACGUGUCGCCACCGUUGGCUCACCACAAUGCUCAUCACUUCCAACACAGUUGCCUUCGAUGAUCGAAAACAAGCCAGACUCGACCUUGGUCUUGAAGAAUCUGCCAUUCAACUUGCGUCAAGUACAACUUCAAGAGAUACUCGAGAACAUCAACCCAUCCGCUCCACAGUCAGUCAACUUCCACUACGACAGCAUCGGUGUGUUCCGUGGAAUGGCAUUUGUAAAGUACCGUCUUCUCGAAGACGCCAUCAAGGUAUUCGAUGCCUUGAACGGUGCCGAUGUACACGGUCGUCGUGUGCGUCUUGAAUACAAGCGAAAAGUAAGCAAGUCCAGCGAGAUUCCCUCAGAGGUUCUUGAGGACGAAAAGCUCCGAAAAGUAUGGGAUCAACUACGUGAGUUCAAGGAGGAUCCCAAUGCAACAGAGAUUACAUUCUCCACUUUCACAGGAGUACAACGAAUGUACAUUCACAACAUGGCUGAAAAGCUUAAACUCUCACAUACAUCGGUUGGCGAAGAACCAAACCGUUCCAUCAUCGUCACCAACAAGAAGCCAAUCAUAGGCACUCCAGGCAAAGACGACAUGAUGUCCCAAUUCUUGUCGUCGUCGCCCGCCUCCAUUGGCGGCCACUUGGCACCACUCUCCACCACCCCGACCAACUCUUACACCUCACUCUCCUCGACUCCGACCUCAUCCAUGUUUAUCAGUAAGCCAAUGGAGCUCAGCUCGAGUUUCGGCAAUCAUUUCCUCCGAUCGACACCACCCUCUUCCAUCACCGGCAAGACACCAUCGCUUCUCAUCAACGACGCCAAGAUUGCCACUUCAUGGGAGAAAUCACCAACCAACAGUCUUCUCUCCAACCCAUUCACCACCCGUGGCUUUGGUACCAUGGUUCGCGAUCGUUCCGGAUCAGAUAUUGAGCUAUCGACAUCACCUGGAAGCAGCCUCUGGCGUAAUCCAGCCAACAGUUUAAAUAGUUUUAGUAAUUUCUCCGCCAGUAACAGUUUUCCAAGUGCAAAUGCUGGCAGUCUCAGCAGUCUUUUACAACAACAACAACAACAUUUCAAUAUAAGCAACAGUAUAAAUAUAAAUAGUAACAGUCCAUUACACAAUAACAUCAACAACAACAACAACCACAACCACAACAACAGUCUCAACAGUAAUAGUAACAGUAAUAGUUUAGUUUCAUCACCAAUACUCCGUCAACCAAAAGGUCCCGAUGGUACAAAAGGUUUUUCAGAAGGUUACAAAGCUGGAAGAAAGUUGGUUCCAAGUCCACUCAUUUCACCCGUCAUACAUUCACCCUCCAACUAA